AAGUCCCGUCGAAAAUCGUCAUCUCAAUUCUCAACUACGCAGAAAAUAUUUCACGGUGGCCACCAACCUGAGCUCCGCCGUACGCAUUCGUCAAUGGCGGUGGUUCUUUCCGUUGGAAACUCCUCUUUGCACCACCGCAACCGCCCACCUCAGUCGUCUGAGUUGUCGUUCAAUAAGCGUUCAAGCAGUAAUAUCAGUUUGUCUGGUGGUAGGUUGUUCACGCAUGACGGAAAACUCGUUCUUAACAGUACGCAAAAUUUGUUCAACCGUUCACCUUUCUGUACCAGAAGCUUUCGGGGAGAAGAUGCAGAAUAUACCGACACAACAAGAUACAUAAACAACUCUGAGGGACAAGAUGAAACUGCUGAUGUGAUACUUGGGAAUCAACAACAAAAUAAAACCACUGUUACAAGGAGUUCAUUGCUUGCACAACUAGCAAUACUCCUGGGUGUUGCUGCAACAAUCACACUAUUGUCCAUAUGUCUUAAACAGCCCAAUCAGGGAUCAUCUUCUGGUAUUCAAAUAUUGGCUGGCAGUUCAUCUACCUCUGCUGUAUCCACUGUUGGUUUUUCAUUCAAUGCUUUUGGAUACAAAAUCAUACUUCCAGAAUACACUCCAGGAUGGAUCUAUUUUUGGCUGCUGAUGGCUGCAGGAUGUGGACUUUUUAUAAGUGAAGAGGCGUUAAAUAUAUGGGUGGGCAUCUCACUAGCACGGAUGUUGUCACUAGAUGGGACAAGACAGUCUUUGGCUGAAUCAUUUUCUAGAAACGCCCCACACAUUUUGUCCACUUUAUUGUGGGUAUACUGGGGAGUUUGCAUUAGUGAUAUGAUACCAUUUUACCUUGGGAGGCUAUUUAAGAAAUCUGGUGCAUCUGAUGAUGUUUAUUCGAAGUUAGGGGUUAGCAAAGACAAAGCACUUGGCCUUACCAACAUUGUUCAAAGAUAUGGGAAUCUCAUUGGUUUUGUUGAACGAUUUUCUCUAGGAGUGAGAAAUCCAACUGCCUUUUUUGCUGGGGCACUGGAUAUAUCCCCUGAGUGUUUCUUUGCUGGUGUUUGUUGUGGUGGCUUGAUUACUCUUCCAAUUCAGCUUGCAAUUGGAUUCUUUCUGAGAGAACGCCCUGUAUUUGCCAUUGCCACUGUUGCUACAGUAGUUGGAGUAUGGACUGUGUUCCCAUAUGCUGUGGCAGCUAUAACAGCACUAUUUUUUUACCUGAGAAGGCGUUACUCUAAUUAACCUUGCUACCAAUUAAUGAGGUUGUUGGAGAACAUGGAUCAUCUUCCCAUUCAAGAUCCAACCCAGUGGACUCCUGAAUAACUUGAAGAGCUGAAACUGCAAAAAAGGACAUGGAUAAAGUAAAGACAGGUUAAUAGGUUAUAUUACAACAUGCUUCAGAGGGUUGUACUCUACACUCUACAGUGUACAACUGGGUGGAGGGAGGCUAACCUACUGUUGUAGAGGAUUCGGGAGGUAUGUUUGCUAUCUCAUACACUUCAAUUGCAUUCACAAGAGGGUAGAAAGUAAUAUCUUUGAAAGUAAUAUUCAAGUUCUGGAUUCCUUUCCUUAAGAAAUACAAGCUCCCAACUUCCCAGAUUUUUACUCUAUAGUUUGAUUCAACAACUUCCCCAUUAAUCAAGAUGUCAAAGGUGGGUGAAACCGGAAGAAUUCCAGCAAAAUAUACAACAAGAUAGUAAUCUCCAAGAUUUUGGAGGGCAAAAUUGUAACUUAACCCUUCUCGCCUAGCCAAAACUCUACCCGUUUGAACAACGGGUAGAGGUGGACGCUCGUUGAGGCUCCACGUAUCAAAAGUUUCAGGGUUACUGAAUCCAAUUGAUGUAUGAAAAGGUGAAAAAUCUUCAUCUGGAUCCCAUAUUCUAUCGUAUUCAUCCAAAGGGUACCUACAAUUAUAACAUCAUCUUACUUAGGAACCAACCAAGAUUUUUUUUUUAAAAAAAAAAGCAUAUGUUUGGUUUGUGGAUUCCAACGGAAUCGGAGUUCAAUAUUCCAUUCCAUGAAGUGUUUGGUGGCCGAAUGGACGGAAUUCAAUUCCAUCAGGCUCCUUCAUAUUCCAUUUUGAUGGAAUUGAAUUCCGUCCAUUUGUCAGCCGAACAUAUCAUGGAAUGGGAUAGAUUCUCAAAUUCCAAUCACAUCUGAUUCUCAAGGAGUUUGAAUUUUGAGAUUUCAUUCCUUUGGUUGACAAAUGGAUGGAAUUCAGAUUACUUCAAAUUCAGUGUUUGAUAGAUUUAGGAAUUCAAUUCCAUUCUUCCUUUCAUUUAUUAAAAAAAUCAAAUCACCCACAUUAAAAUAACAAUUUAAGAAUUAGUUAUUCAAUUUUUAUUAUCGAAUUCCAUUCCAUCUACAUUAUACCAAUCACAGAUUCCAUUCAUUCCAAAAACAUACCUAAUAGAGCCAUUAGUAAAACCACAGUUGAUCCGGUAGCGUUUUCUAAGCAACUUGUUUGUAAAAUCUUCCAUUCCAUUAUAGUAACCUCCUUGAGGCAUCGGUCGGAUUUCAAUUGAAGAAAUGACUGGAAUCCCACCAUUCGGAAUGGAAUUCAAGCAUAACAAAAGAGUCUCUUUGUCAAUUUGCCAUAUGAACUCUUCUAUCCAUGGAUCUUUAAAUGAUAGGUUAAUAGUAGCAGAAACAGCUGUUCCUAGAGAAACAGAAAACAUUGGUGGUUGUUGAAGCCCAUCAUAGUUUUUAUACAUGAAACUGACUCGAAUAAGAAUCAAAGAUGAAUAUGUGUAGUUUAUUGGUAGCUUAUAACAAUUCCGGUUCUUAGGA